CGUUAAUUACCAAUAAUGUGAGUUUGCAUACUGUUUGAAUCGCUAUUGAAUGAGCUUACAAUAAUUUGUUUUCGUUCAAUAAUUGGGAUUUUCCGUUGAAGGAAGUGCGCUGGUAUCUUGUUCAAUUGUCAAAGUCUUGCUACACGUGCAAAGCCUUCGUGAUCGGGAAAAACCGGAAAGAGGGUAUUGCUGGAUUGCAGUCACGUUGUUUACUUGACCAACUAGCGCGGUGAAGUUGUUGUUAUUUCGAUUUUUAUAACCAGAGAUAUUUUGAACCGGAAUUGAUCCUGUUCACAAAAGAUGAGUUGACAGGAAAUGCCAACCACGGAGCAUUUUCUCCAUGUGAGAUAGCCGAGUCGACGAAUCACGUUGCCAACCGCGGGAAGUCGUAAAUAGUGGGAAGGGUACGAGACACCUCUGCUUCAAUUUGCGCGCGUUUUUCUGUGGAUUUUUUGUAUCUUAUAACAAUGAUGAAUGGAGAUUUGGGGCACUCUUCGGAACUUCACAUUUUGGAGCACAAGCUUCGCGUCUCCAACAUUAAGAAAGAUGCAAUUUCUUUAUACACUCACGCGCUAAUAAAAAUUUCGUUGCUACCUCGAUCAAGGUAAGUUCAAAUUUUAGCGCGGUCCAUGCGGAGAACUUAACUCCUAUGUAACUGUGUAAAAACUUUAACGUUAUUUUCCAUUCAUCACAAGAUCAUCGUAGUCUUAUUCACAGAAUGGUCAUAGUUUUGGUGAAGCGCUCAUCAUUGCACAAUCUUGUGAGAUUCUUUGCGCGUCACGUCCUACCGGUGUAUUUGUAAUUUGAUCAAGGGUGACUGCCAUGUGUUUUAUUGAGACAUAUUUUGUUUGGUUUUGCCAGCGUAAACUUAUGGUUUCUGGUGUGAUUUUAAAUUAAAUAACAAACUCAUUUAUUGUGUUUUAUUCUCCUUUACGCUUUCAACAGACCUAAGUUUUUCAGUUUUACGGAGACCAGAGAUGGUUACACAAUAAUCGUGGAGGAUGAUCUUUGCAAAGGUAAUUACUAAGAAAUAUGCUGUUUGUAUACAAUGCGAUCAUGCGAGAAACAAGGGGAUCAUGUAUCACUACAUGGAGCACAACACUGAGGCUCAAAAGAAAGUCUGUUUCCUUUGAUUACAGACUGCUUUUGCGAAUGUACUUGUGAAGUGUAAAAUAACUGAUAUUGAGUGCCGCAUGCGUACACAGCAAGGACGAAUUGCAUAAUUAUACACUUGUAUCUCUUGAUAGCAUGAGGGCCAAAUUUGAUGCAGUGACCGAGCAGAUUCCUACAGAGUGGAAACUAAAGAUUAAGUUUCCUAUUUUAUGUUUUUCUUUCGAGAUUGAAUACCGGACUUGACUUUGAAAACCUCACCCCAUACAAAUUCUAUCGAUGAAUUUAUUAAUCCUAACUGUGUGCAAUACAUUCAUUUUCACAUUUCAAAGUCGUUGAAAUUAGGUGGUAUUUACCUUUGUUUUGCCUGAGUAUAAUUUUUUUUUCUAUAGAAGCACCAAAAAGGUAAAUUGGAACACUCUUAAGAAAUAUUCCUUCUGUUUAUUUUAUGGAAGUGAAUUUUUUUCCUGUUAUGUAAAUAUGGUCAUAAAAUUGUUUUGCUACAAAAAUUUGAUAAAUUCAUUUUUUGUGAUAACCCUCUCAAAACAUUUGCAUUUUCAUCAGUGGACACUCUUGGGUUUUCUAAAUCAAUUUUUCACAACAAACAAUAGGGUCAUAAUUAAUUUAGCAUCAAAUUUAUGCUGUACCUUCCUGUUUACAUAUAAGUCAACUAAAUUUGAUUCAUUCCAUGGUUCAGAAAUUCAUGCUGAGUAACAAAAAUACCAAAGAAAACAUGAAAAUGUGCCUGAAUUUAUAUUUUAUUCCUAACGUCAUGAAGAGACAUAAUGCAACAAAACAAACAAGAAAAAUACUCAUGGUUGUUGAUAAUGUAUUGGAGAUCAGUUAUGAAAUCUAAGCUGGAUUUAAAAAGAAAAGAUACCAUUCAAAUUUAGUCCAAUCAUUUUGCCCAACAGCCAGAGAACUAUGCAUUGUGUUAUGAUUAUUAUGCAAGGGGAUGAUAUUUGCUGUAUCAAGGUCUUUCUUUUUCUUAGUGAUGAGUUAUACCAAAAUUAUUUUAAACAGGUGAAAUGAAUAAAUAAUACUUUAAUUUACUGAAGCAGUGAGAUGUAUUUGUAAGUGUUGUCUCAGAAAAUUUCAAUAUAUUGGCAAUAAAAUUGUUUACUGAAGCAAGGUGUUCCUCUCCAAAGGGAUGGUUCUUUACUUUUUCCAAAAGGGAUGUUACAUUAGAACUGGUAUCUUAGUCAUUUUGAGAUGUAAUGUUAUCAGUAUUGUUAUUGUUCUGACUAAGAACAGAGCACAAGAGAUUUGAACAAAUGAAAAAAAUUGAAUUCAAAACAACAGUUUCAUUAUGUAAUUUUAAUGACUUUAUCCAGUGGUUUACGUUACGACCAAGAGAGAACUUGAAUCUUGGUGCCAUCAAUAUUAAAAAUAAAUUACUGUGAAAUAACUUCACCAUUUCCUAUCCUUCUUAUAAGCAUAGUAAUUAUUUAGGGUUAGAUAUAUCAGCCCCUUUAUUCUUUUGCUUUCUCAAGCAUACUUCAUUUUUGAACACUUCUUAGAUAAUGCAUUUUUGGUGAGAAGAAAAACUUUUCCUAAAGAAAGUUACCUCAUGCUUUUUUUUGAUAAACUUGAUUAGAAAAUACCUUUCGUUAAAUAUGCAGAUAUUCUAUACCACGGUGUGAAACAUAUUCUCACUUGGUGAAAAUUAUCACCAGGAAUUGUUCUUUACUUUGAUUAAAAAAAAGUUAAAAACAUAACAUGCCUCAAAACUACAUGGUGAUUUGCCACCAGCUCAUUGAACAAAACAAAUGUAUUAAUAAUUGCAUUUGUAAAAUUUUUGGAGAUAUUUAUUUUUUUAAACUAUACAAACUGAUUUACAAAACUGCCAGAAAAAACCAGCUGACAAGACAUAUCUGUCGAGGUGAUAACAUGAUUUUAAGUGCAAUUUUGUGGUGAUAAGCAUGCGUAAAUUUUUCAAAGACAACAAAAUUUCAUGAACCUAUAGGGCAACUUUGAAAAUUUACAAAUGCUUAUUGCACCAAAUUGGGCAAGAAAUCAUGUUGUUACUUGUUAAUAAUUUACUUAAAAAAUGUAUCACAGAAAGUCAAGACCAGGGAGCAAAGAAAGUCAGUUUUACUAACAUCUACUAGCCCGAAAGUCAUUUUAACCAGCCUGAAAAAAAAUUUUUUGCAAGCAGAAAAAAAAGAGCUGUUUUGCUCUUAGGGCUGCCACACUGUAGAUUUUUGCUGGGUCCUCCACAACACAUGAAUGAUUAACAUGCAUUUUAGACAUUUUAGUAUUUAGAAACACACUUUUUUUAAGAGAAAAAAUGGUGUUGAAACAGUGAAACCAAAGUUCUCAAUGGACACAUUGAAUAAUAACAUCGACAACGCAAAAAGCUGCCGGUGAAAGCACUUCAUUCUCCAAUUUGCCGCCAAAAAAAUUUCCAGCUGUAAUAUUUCUUAGCAGCUGAUAGGGGAGAUAUUCAUAUUAUUAAAGGGGAUAAAAAUUUGAUAGCUUCAUCAGUUUGCUUCUCAUUCAAAAGUAGUGCAUUCAGAAGAUCAUUUUUCUAAAGAAGGCUUGUUUGGGAAUUGGUUUCCCAAGUCAAGUUUCAAGUUCACCGGAAAGUGCCAAGUCAUGCAUCAGUGAACAAAUUAUGCAAAUUUGUGGUUCAUCUUGUUACAUGUAACCAAAGAUUUUAGGUUUCAAAAAUUGUUUGUUUCAUUUCUGGCAACUUUUGAUCCGAAAGACUUUUGUGAAAAGUGAAAACAAUACAAUGUGGUCUACAUAUUUUAAUCAACAAACACUUAUGGUAUCGCUGUUUAGAAUUUACCAUAUUGUAAUGCACGUGACCAAUAUUUUCUGAAACAAAAUAUUUCUCACUGGAGUUCAGGACCAAAAUUUUUUGUUUACAUUCCUUACAAAAGAUUAUGAAGCAAAAUUCAGACAAAUAGCUUUCUCUGAAUAAGUAAGAAUUAGUUACGAGCAGCAUUUACCUCCAAAGUUUUUUCAAUAUCUGCUUACAUAAUAUAUGCACGAGAUCUCAAAAUAUCUCGUCUGACAUGUAAUGCAAUACUUUGUCUUGUUUAUGCAGAUUUCACAUUGUGGGAGCGACUUUUGGUCCACAUGAAUUUAUUAGGAAUUUAAAACAUUUGUCUUACAGUACUUAUGUAAUUUUAAUUCUCCAAAAACUCUUCACUUGCCCUUCAGGCAAGUUAAUCACAGAAUUCACUAGCCCGAUCACAAAAUCCACUAGCCCCGGGUUAUCAGACACAACUUUCUUUGUACGCUGAAGAUAGACAAAAUUUUAAGAGCCCACAGGCUAUUUGUAAUUUGCACUUGCAACUUUGUACUUGUGUUACAACUGUAUUAAUAUAACUUCAUUCUUAUAAAAUGAUAAACAAAAAGUCUAAUUAAGUGCUAAUAAGUCUAUUAUUACACGCCUCACAAGGCUUUAAGGCUAAAGUGUCUCUGCUGUUGUUGACAGAGCUUCCACAAAGUGAGAGCAUUGACAUGCCUGACCUUAUCUGGCGAGUUCUGACUGUGUCUGCAGGAGCCUAUGGAAGCCAUCAGCUGACUGGAAUUAGUAGAAUUGUUAAAACAGUUAUUUCUCCCUUGGCGGAUUUUAAAAUCUCAGUUCUGGUCAUUUCAACUUAUCAGUCAGACUAUGUCUUGGUAGGUUUUUUAGUCAAGUAUCAUUCUCGCUGAAACUAAUGAUUAUUUGGUUUAGAGUGUUCUCUUUGUUUACCUCAACUGGUAAACUAUGGUUUUACUCUUUGUAAGCAUACAAUCAACUGUAUUUAUUCUUUUUUAGGAGGGAAACUGUUCCUUGAUCUUGUAAUGAAUGUCAGGAUUUGUGAAUGAAUGAUGUUUAAUUAACCUAAUUGAACAAUUUUUUGAUUGAUUGAUACAAGUUUGAUCCAGAUAUUAAUAAUGAGCUUGCAGUCUUUCACUUUUUAACCAUUUAACUCCCAGAAGUGAUCAACAUAAAUCUUCUCCUUAUAAUAUCCUUGCAUUAUCCAGCAAAGAUGUAAUAAGAAUAUUCAAACUAAUCAGGUAGAAGACGUUGUCUUGAUCGAACACCAAUUUCUCAUGACUAAUUUACAAGGAAAUGUCUAGCAGGUAGAGAGGAGAAGUACUAAUCAGAUCCUGGGAGCUAAAAUGUUCAUUAUUAUUUUUCUAACCUUUAAACAAUGAGUUGAUGGGCAAACAAAUUUAACUUGUAAUUUGGUUUUUUGUUAAUUUUGUUGAACUCCUCUUUUUCUGUCAGGUGAGAGAGAAAGAUCUUGAAACUGCCAUGAUGUGUCUUUCCGAAAAUUAUAAAAUUUUUAAAGACAGUGGAUCAGGACUUGAACCUGUGACUCUUUCUAUUAAGGAUAGAUUGGUUGGAAUGAACCAAAUGAAUGAAAGGAAAGCAGGUAAAUUUCCAGUGGUUUUCUUUAACGCUGUAAUAUCCUCAGUUUGAUUUUAUAGCUAUUUGGUUUUUGUGUGCUUUGCAUACUGAUAUGUAACUGGUUUUUUUUUCUUUCCUUUGUUUGGCAGAUGAGCACAGACCAAUUAUUCACCCAUUCACAUGUCCAAUGAACAGAUUUCAUGUGACCAGUCUAGAUUUUCGAAUGCUACCAAGCCUCACUACCACCAUUCUUGAACUGAUGUUCUAUUCUGAGUAAAUUUUUUUGUUGUUCUUCUACUGCUAUGAAAUAUGUGAUUAGAUGUUAACUUCUAAGUGUAUUAGCUGGCUCUCUAGGUGUAGACUUUGUAUUGAAUCCACCUCCUUACACAGGUAAUUUUGUUCUCUUGACAAGUUACUUCUUUGAGAGUUUCUUCCCCCAAAAGAGUUGAUACAUACCUCUUACUAAGCAAGUUCAAAGUCCAUACUGUAAGUUGAAGGAGAGUUUUUCUUGCUUGGAUUUAUGACCCAAGGGCAAAGCAUGCACACUAGUAAUCCCAGCUGAAAAAAUGAGGCUCUGUAACUUACAGUACAGUCCAAGAAAACAAGAUCAGUAAGAUAUUUAUUAUACCCCUGAGUUCAAAUAGAGUUAUAAGAUCUCUAUUCCAACUACCCUUUUAAUUUUGUGGAUGUUCAGUGAAAUACAGCCUGAUGAAUUGGCUGAUCAUAGCACAAAUGCAUAUAUCUUAUUUGACAUUUUGAUGUGUAGAAUCACUGAAUAUUUUCAAUAAUUUAUAUGGCUCAUUUUACCCCAGAACACCUGAUGAUGGACGAUAUGAACCUUUCUUUCACAUCUCAAUUGUUGAAGGAGACAUUUCAUUAGUUUUAGACAGUGAGGCUUUGUCAAGGUAAAGGUGAAAAUUUUGUAUAUGUUUUGUCUCUUAGCUUUUACUUACAUUUUGAGAAUUCUGGCAUUGUAAAGUUAUUUUCAGUGUGCAUGAAUUAUAUUUUUUGAUGUUGACAUGAAAAGUGCAACCAAUUGUACUGAAAGAAUAGCUACACAAACCAUCAUGAUGGUAACAAGGCCACUGAACUGGGUUUUUAUGUCAGUCAUACUAAGAUUUUGUGUUUAGUACAGCACAACAGAAGUUUGGCAACCACAUUUUGACACAUAAAAAUCCUGUUGUUGUCAUGUUCAGCUGGCUAUGUUUCCAGUGACAAUGUGUCAUUUUUACUUCUUUUUCCCAACUUUUAUGUUUGAGGGUUGGUGAAUAAUGGCUCUUGAGAUUCAGUUACCUUUUGGAAACAAGGAAAGUUUCCAUGUUGACAUUGUAAUUUUACAGUCAAAACUGUCCAGUAUCACCUAAUAUUGAUAAAAUUGAUACCUUAAAUUGUAGCUUUUCUGCAGUGAUAGAAAAUUGUCAAGAUGGUAACAUAGUCUGUGAUCAAUAUGCUUGAAUUUGUAGAAAAUUUGUGUCUCGAUGUGCUUUUUUUUUAAAUAUCUAGAUUUCCUGAAGGUUCACUAUACACAAACACCAAUGAUGAGGGAUGGAGAAUGAUUCGUGUUGGAGAUGACCCCCUAGGAUUUGGUCAGUUUUGUCUUUUUUUUAUUCUGAUUUGAAAUGAGCAAGUGAAAAUUUGGUGAAUAAGAUGUUAGCUUAAGACUAGUGCAUACAAACAGACACUCAACAGACUGACACUGUUAUGCAUGUGGCUCAACCAGACAUCAGACAUUGUAUAAGAAACGAGAAAAUUGCUGAUUUAGGUGACUGCCUAACUGAUAACAGAUAGGUGGAUAUAGUGGUGCACUGAUUCACUGACUCAGACUGGCUGACUGACUCACUGACCAUCUGACCUACAGAAUGACAGUCUGCAUGACAAAUUGACUGACUCACUGACUGAUUCGCUCACCUACUCAGUCACUUGUUUUGCAAAGGUUAUUAGAAAGGUGUGAACAUUUGAUACAAAUCAGUCAUAAUAGAGGUGUGGCCUGCAAACCCAAAGAGUGAUCAUAAUUUUAUUAAUAUUAUUAUUAUUUUUAUAAUUAUCAGUAUUGCUAGUAUUAUUGUUAUCAUUGUAAUCUUAAGUGGCUUCCUUUAUAAAUAUGUAAUGAUACACUGCACUGUUGUGUGUUGUGUAGAUGAAAGUGGCGUUGCUGCCCAGAUCGCAGAACCUUUAGCAGAUGUUCAAAUGCCUACUUAUUACAUCAGUACUUAUGGCCUUGGUCAUACACUGGUAUGUACAAACCUCUGGGUCAUAGAGGUGUUGUGGGAAACUUGAACAGAGUACUAAAGCUUUCUUUGGCAACAACAGUUACACCAGGAAACAUUAAAUUGUUGAAUCUCCCUUCUUGAAAACAGGGCAUAAAAACUCAAAUUUUAUUUAAUGAUAAACCCCCAAGAAAAAAU